GUCGGCUGUUUGGGUGUUCCAAGGUGAAGAAAGGCCAACAAAAGUCAUCCGUUCUCGAAGUGUUUCUAAAAAGAUGGUCGCGACAUUUGUGUCAAAAGCGGGUCAUAUUGCAACAUUUCCUCUUAAUGAGCAAAUAACUGUUACUGCGGAUUGGUAUACCACCAUUUGUUUGCCAAAAGUCAUCACUGAGCUUCGAAAAAUCAACCCCGAAAGAAGAUUCAUCCUCCACCAAGACAAUGCAAGCUCGCACACAGCCCAAAAAACAAGGCAGUAUUUAUCGGAAGAAAACGUGGAAUUAUUGGAUCAUUCUCCAUAUAGUCCCGAUCUAAGUCCUAACGAUUUCUUUACUUUCCCGAAAAUUAAAAACAGACUGCUGGAAUAGGUGCUUCGAAAAACAAUAAAG